CGGCAUAUAUAAAUUCCAGCGGGCACUUCCCAGUUCUUGUCGGUGGAUUUGUUAUAAUUCCAACUCGGUUUCUGUUUUUGUACCAUGGAGACCCGAUUCGUUAUUCUCUGUCUGGCUGCUAUGGUAGCCGUGGCGCUGUGCCAACAAGGCCCUGACGGUCGUCCGGAUAAACCGCCUCCUCCUCCCGGGCAUGGUCCGCCUCCUGGACAGUUCGGAGGCGGUGGUGGUGGAAGCUUUGAUCCGUAUGGUGGUGGUGGUGGUGGUGGUGGCAUGCCGCCAGGAGGCACCAACGCCGGUAGCGGAACGGCAGUGGAUAGUUCGGGAUCGUCUGCUAGUGCCGCAAGUGACACUAAGUUAGCCCUGAAAUCCAAUUUAUAACAGUUGACCCACUGAUUGUUAAGCGGCGUUGACUGGCCAGCUGAACCGUCAUAAAUUCAGCCAUUCCAUCUUCUUUGCAAAAAUCGUUUAUAAGAACAUGAUAAUUAUAUCCUUGAAACGAAGGAAUGUUUGGUUAUGUUCGUUUUAAAAAAUGCCGCAGCCUGUUAAUCUGCCGGCUUACUUCAGCAGCAAGUGUUUGAAAUAAAGGCAACUGCUAUAC